AUGGAGCCCUCCUGGCUUCAGGAACACAUGGCUCACCCCUUCUUGCUGCUGUUCCUCUUCUGCAUGUCUCUGCUGCUUUUUCAGGUAAUCAGGUUGUACCGGAGGAUGAGAUGGAUGAUCAGAUCCCUGCACCUGUUUCCUGCACCCCCUGCCCACUGGUUCUAUGGCCACAAGGAGAUAAAGCAUGAGUGGGCAUAUCCAGAGCAAAGACAAGUUUACCCAGUAAAGGAGUUUGAGGUGUAUCAUGAGCUGAUGGAAGAACACCCAUGUGCCCCUCCCUUGUGGGUUGGACCCUGUACGAUGUUCUUCAGUGUCCAUGAUCCAGACUAUGCCAAGAUUCUUCUUGUCUUUAAAAGUCUGCUCUCACUUUUGGACCUUUGCCCAAAAGGGAUGAAAGAGGAAAAGAAAGUAAUCCAGGACCAGAAGGAGUCUCUUAAGGAUAAGCUAAAACAAGACACUAUUCAGAAAAGAUACCAGGAUUUUCUGGACAUGCUUUUGAGUGCCAAAAGCGAAAACACCAAAGACUUCUCUGAAGCAGAUCUCCAGGCUGAAGUGAAAACGUUCACGAUUGCAGGACAUGACACCACAUCCAGUGCUAUCUCCUGGAUCCUUUACUGCUUGGCAAUACCUGAGCAUCAGCAGAGAUGCCGAGAUGAAAUCAGGGAACUCCUAGGGGAUAGGUCUUCUAUUACCUGUUAUUUAUCCUUAGACUCUGUAGAACCUAGGGCCAUUCUUAUUUCUCAGAGAAGGAGAAAGAGGAGAGAGCUCUCAGGACUGUCCAAACAGGCACAGGAUUAUCAAGGUGCAAAGGUACAGAAUCCUGCCAUAUGGACUGAGGAGUGGGACAAAUGGAAGAAGACCAUUGCUGAUGCACAUCUGAAAUCUUCUGAACACAUUUCCCAGUGA